UUUAUGAACCAAGUUAGGAACCGCAUCUUACGAAUUGCCCGGAUGAGGAACUGGCAUUGCAUCAUGAGUUGACAUACACGUCUGUUUAAUUAUUGUCGACCAUAACUUCACCAUGAAGCUGGUUUCAAGAGAUAUUGAUAAAUAUGGAGCAGGGUAUGUUAUCCUGGUCCCUGAGGAAGCUGAAGAUAUGUGGCAUGCUUACAACCUUGUCUGUGUAGAUGAUACUCUACAGUCCACAACUAUCAGGAAAGUGUCCAAUGAAACAGCGACAGGCAGUGUUAGUGUGAACAGAGUGAGGACAACUCUCACCAUCCGGAUUGAGACAAUUGAAUGGGACACACAGGGAUGUGUUCUGAGAGUCAAGGGCAGAAACAUACAAGAAAACCAGUAUGUUAAGUUGGGUGCCUAUCACACACUUGAUUUGGAGAUGAACAGAAAGUUCACUCUUGGAAAACAUGAAUGGGAUAGUGUAGCAUUAGACAGAAUUGAACUAGCAUGUGAUGCAAGCCAGCAUGCUGAUCUUGCAGCCAUUGUAAUGCAGGAAGGUUUGGCCCAUCUGUGUCUGAUCACCGCAAGUAUGACCUUGAUGCGGGCCAAAAUGGAAACCAACAUACCCAGAAAAAGGAAAGGCAGUUGCUCCCAGCAUGACAAGGGAUUAACAAAGUUCUAUGACCAGAUAAUACAAGCCAUUAUGAGACAUAUAAAUUUUGAUGUUGUGAAAUGUGUUUUAGUAGCCAGUCCUGGAUUUGUUAAGGACCAGUUUAUGGAGUACAUGCUCCAACAAGCCUUAAAACUGGACUACAAAGUGUUGUUAGACAAUAAAUCAAAGUUCCUUUUGUGCCAUUCUUCAUCUGGAUUUAAACAUUCUUUAAAAGAGGUGUUACAGGAUCCUUCCAUAGCGUCCAAACUGGCAGACACGAAGGCUACGAGUGAGGUCAAGUCUCUCGAUGACUUCUAUCAAAUGUUGCAGAAUGACCCAAGCAGAGCCUUCUAUGGUAUUAAACCGGUGGAGAAGGCAGCAGAAAACCAAGGGGUGGAGGUACUGCUUAUAUCAGAUGAACUCUUUAGGUCAAUGGAUUUAAAGAAGCGACGUCGGUAUGUUAAGCUGGUUGACACAGUCCGUGAGGCCGGCGGGGAGGUGAAAAUAUUCUCAAGCCUACACGUCUCUGGAGAACAGCUGGGUCAGUUGACAGGGGUGGCAGCCAUUCUGCGAUUCCCAAUGGAUGACGAAGAAUCCGAUGACGAAGAUUGAUGACGGCUCAAAUCUUUCUAGAUCCCUUAUUUAUUAUCACAUCAACAGUAUUGUUGACUGCUGUCACUUUAAGAAUCAGCAGUUAAGAAAUCUGUUUAUGUUGAGAUAUUUUUAACAAUGCAACAAUUUCAAAUUCACAUUCUUAUUCAGAGUCUCGAAACUCUGUGUAAAUAUUUAAGUGAGCUCUUUAUUUAAUAGAUAGUGCAAUGUUAUUUGGAAAUAAUUUGUAGUUACUGGUAGUAAUAAAUCAUUCUGGUUUUAACAUUGAAGUAAGAUUUCAAUUGCAACCUCAUGCUAAAAAUUGAUCUGAAUUCAUGGUUAUGAUAUUGAAGUCUUCAGUAUUUAUUUUGUCUCAAGUAAUGUUGUGAUCACAGUGUGAUUGUCAGGAUUUUAAAUUAAACUGAGACAAUCACAGUUGAUAUCAUAAUAUUUGACAUCUUGUUGCUUCUUAAGUAACCAAUAGCCACUCUCAUUUGUCUCGCUCAAUGCUAUUACCGUAUAAUCCUGAAAUAAUUUUUGUUUCACGUAAAUACCUUUCAUAGGAUGAUUUGUUUUACUUAAGAUGGUAUACUCAGUAGUUCAUAGAUAUAUAAAGGUAAUUUUUCCUGUUUGUUAGAGAUUAAUUCAAUCUUUAUUUGAAAAGAUGCAUAAGGGCAGCAUGCUAAGCAAGCAAGUGUUGAGUCUUACAGCUGCACUCUCACAGGUUGAUUGAUUUGACAAUUUUUUUUAUUUUUUGUCUUUGAAUGAGCCAAUUUUUGUGUAAAUGUCUGGAACCAGUAAUAUAGAGUGCUGACUAAAGAUCAAAUCACAGAUUAUCAUAUUUACGUUUGAAAAUUGAUCUUUUAUGGGUAAAGCUUAAUUAAAGCUUUAAGAAAAAUGAAUUUUUCGCCCUUUUAACAAACAAUUGAGAUCUGUUAUAGUGUGAGUUAUCUAACAGACUGGCAUUGAUGCCAAAAUAAGCCGAUUAUGAGACAAAAAAAACCCUGUCAAUCUGCGAGAUUGCAGUUUUAAUUCUAAAGAAGGUUUUAAAUCAACUCUAAUAAAUUAUACUUAUUUGGCCCCAGAUGUUCUCUCGUACUUUUAAUCUUCUUCGAUAAUAAGACAUUGUCCUAUCGAUAAAGAACGUAAUGGCAGGUUCUUCAGUAUUUAAUUGUAUGCAAAUUCACUGCUCCAAGCUCGACCUUGGUGGAAAAUCUUGUAUGUUACACUCUUACAAGGGUCCUGUUUUUCUCGUUUUUAUGUUCUCAUCUCCAUUUCGGAGCAAGAAUAUCAUGAAAUUUCUAUGAUUUCUGUCAACCUUGUUGGCCCAUCUGUUAUUUCGAAGAAUAUUAGUUGAGGUAUAGUUAUAGCCUUUGUGUUGUCAGCUUUGUCGUUUUGCAUUUAAGAUAUUUACAUGAAACUAACGAGACCCAUAAAUAAUUGUUAAGAGUGUUAGAGAGUUAUUACCCCAUGAAAUAACAGUUUAAUGUUUGUUGGCUUCUUGUGUCUGAUGUUUUGCCUCUGUUUUGUUUUAUUACGAGGAACACAUUUUUACAGGUGUUAUGUUGUUAUAAAAGCCUUGGUGUCAUUGGCGUCAUCAUUGUGUCAAAUCUUUAACCUUGGUCAUUACUAAAUAAGCAUAGAUAUUCAAAUGAAACUUGCGAGACCCAUAACUCUCAUAUUAUAAGAGUUAUGCCCCUUUUUUAUUUAAAAAGUAAAAGAUGCACUUCGGCUCCGUGGUGCUCUUUUGUAUACUGAUUUGUUUCUGUUUUGUUUAGUUAAUUGAAGUAAAACUAUGAGGAACAGAUUUUUACCAGUCUUUUAUUGUUAUUUAUUUGCUCAUUAAAACCAUUAUUAUGAAUUAAAGCUCACCGUAGAAAACGUACAAUGUUUAAAAUGGUGCA